AUGUCAACCAAGGAGGAGGUUGGGGAGAGUCAUGCACUUGUUGCAUGUAAUGGGAGUGCAUCUAGAAUCAGUGAAACUGGGCUUCAACUUUAUCCAGUUUCUGAGUAUGACUCUGGCGAAGGUUUACCAUAUGCUCCUGUAGAUUGGCCAAAUGCUGGUGAUAAGUGGGGCUGGCGGGCAGGGAAACGAGCUACAUCUUCAGGCACCUUUAAAGAUAGAUAUCUGUAUCUUCCGAAGCGUCUUCAGGUUCGGAAAGAUGGAAAGAAUAAUGCUUUUCGAAAUAGGAUUUCGGUUAAAAAGUAUCUCCAGUCUGAGCAUCCUAGUAUGGAUAUCAACCAAUUCUUUGCUUCAUUCAGUUGGAUGAUUCCUUCGAAACAGUCACCGAGCUCAAAAGAUAUUGAUUUUGACUCGGAGAUGAAAGAGAAGACUACAUCUUCAGGGAAGAAAAUGGAGCCUUUACCGUCUGAUUCCCCUCUUGGAGCUAUUACUUGUAAGGCUGGUAACAGAGUCUGUAGCAGUUUAGCAGCAGAAAAUCCUUUUCCAGAGACCAUGUUUUGUGAUGUCUGUUGCAGUGAGCCGGGUUUUUGCCGAGAUUGUUGCUGUAUUCUUUGUUGUAAACCUAUCAGUUCGGACUAUGAGGGCUACAGUUACAUUCGAUGUGAAGCACCAGUAGGUGAUGGAUACAUAUGUGGACAUGUUUCCCAUCUAGAUUGUGCUCUACGAGCUUACAUGGCUGGGACAGUCGGAGGAUGCAUCAGUUUGGAUGCAGAGUAUUUCUGUCGAUACUGUGAUUCAAGGACGGAUUUGGUUUCACAUGCUUCGAAGCUUUUAAACAUCUGCACAUAUGUUGCUUCUCGUGCUGACAUCGAAAAGAUUUUGAAUGUUGGCAUUUGUAUUUUGCGUGGCUCACAAAAAAGGAAUGGAAAAGAGUUGUUGCAUCGUAUCGAAUCAAUCAAGGCAAAGCUUACGAAAGGAGUUUGCAUUGAAGAUGUAUUCAAAAAGGAAAGCUGUGUGGAUAGCACUGCUAAAUCUGGUACAUUUAUUGCAAGUUCAAAAUUUCAGCCAGAAGCAUAAGACACUAGAUGAUUUAUUUCAAUCUACCUAAACGUUAGUCACAAAGUUACCUUAUGCUGAUGGGAGGUAGAAGUACUUUGUGGAACGUGGAAGCUAGUCCGGACACCAUCUUCAUGAAAAAUGAUUUGGUUCAUUGCUAUGUGCCACUGAUUGUAACCUUGGCGUCCAAAUAUUUUGUUUAGCUUGCUAUUGGAGCAAAAGAAUAGCAUAACUAAGACUGUACAAGUAGAACCCUAUAUCAGUUGCAUUUUUGUUUUUCCUAUUUGCUCCACUUCCGGUCAGGGAUAUAACUGGAAAACAGAACAAGUAAUAAAGUACUGUCUCAUUCGACCGUACCCGUACAUUUAUACAGUAUCACCAUGUGCACAAACAGAAAGAGCCCCAGUCUUGUUCAUUAUUUGAAUGAGCUAUAUACCUUCUUGUUUAAGUAAACAUACACAUGUAUAUAUCAUCAUUUAAUUUGUGUUGUUCUUUUUUUCUUUUUGCAUGUGUACUAUUUUGGACAACUUCGGGUAUAAUGUGAAGUUAGUCUUGACAAAAUCUAACUUCAGACACAAUAUUUACAGUUUCAUAUGAUUCAAGCUCAGGUAUACAUUGAAAUUUAGUCAUUUUGGUUCAAUUUUAGCUGUUUUUGUAACUUCAUGUAGUUGAAGUUCAAGCUAAAAUGGCUGAAUCAUAUGAAAAUGACUAAACUUCGGUGAUAGAUGACUUAUGAAGUGUAGGAGAAAAUAAUUAAAAUUCUAACC